AUGGCCAAGCACAACAUUUUAGCUUGGGUCAAGUACUAUGGAAAAUACACACACGUCAAAGUGAAGAGAUUUUGCAUGUAUUCGUUAGUCUAUGUAUGCUUGCCAUGCACCUGUGGUAUGUCAGUCAUGUGGACCGAUAAUGCUCCAUGGUGGGACCUGCCAAAGAAACCAGGCGAGGACGCCAACAGCGUCUCCCAGCAGCGGGCACAAGAGGCGGCUGGGUUGCUAGUGGACCAGGCAGACCAAAAUACCUAA